CGUGGAAUAGAUACCCCACAUCAAGAUCAGCAAACAGCGGCAGAAUGACACAAAGUGGGAAUGGAGGUCAAUCGAAGGGCGUUUCAAAAACCGCGAUACCCCGCCUACCACAUCGCGAAGCCAAAGACGGUAAAGGUGGCACCGAUUCCACUUUUUCUCUGGGGUCCCAUAAACUAGAUGAGCGGGAUGAGCAAACUCUCAACGACAAGUUUGGGAGAGAUCAAGGCCCAUUCUUUAGGCAAAUGAACAGCUGGUUUGAUAAACCCAAGAAAGAAGGCGGACAGGAAGCGCCGAAAGAGCAGAAAGAAAAGAAGAGUUGGAAACCGUGGGGAAGUAAGAAGGGCGGAUCUAAGUAG